AUGGAGUUAAUGGAAGACGGCAACCUGAUGGACCGGGUGCAGAUUCUCUUGCAGAGGGACCUAGGCUACUACGAAGAGCACCAAACAGUUCUGCAAGAGAAUCUGUGCCUCGGUGCCGUGGGGGGUCCGUUCGACUUUCCUCGCUACGCAUCCUUUGCUGCUGUUAAACUCGUCAAAUGGUGGGAGGAAGAGUUCUACUCCUGCUUUCACCACCCAUCCGGUCUAAUGGAGCCUCCGGAGAAGCAGGAGCAACCCAAGGAGGAAGUGUCCGUGAAAAAGCUGCCAGCCAGCGAGUUUGUCGAGAUGGUGCAGCAGUCGGCUGAAAAGCUGCUGGAGCACCUGCACACCCUUAGUCAGGAGUCACUCGAUCACGCCGACCUGGCUGUCCUCACGGCUACCCUGGGCGCUGCGUCCUUGUGCAAAAACGCCCUUUGGUGUUUUAACGAGCAGCUGAGGAAGGAGCAGAAAAGCUUGAGCUUGCAUCAACCGUCGAGAUUGAUGCAGGAGAUGGUGGAGGCCCUGGCAGAACGUCUGCUCGACCUGCACUGCCGCCUGUUGGCGCUCUACGUGCUGCAGGACGCCGACUCCCUGAACUGGGAAAGUCAGCAUGCGUUUUUCGAGGGUCAAAGGGGCUCGUUCACCAUCCAAAUGUGGUGGUUCUACAUGCAAGGCGCGAGGGAAGAUCUGUGGAACACAGUCCCGCCCAAAACUGCACAGAGGGUGCUGGCAGGAAUGCUGAACGAGUCGCUCACCAUUCUUACUGCGAGAUACAGUCAGGCUAAGCCAAGCUUGGCUCGGAGUCCCUUGGUUGUGACUGACAUUGGCAACAUUUUGGUGUGCGUGCGCCACUUGUUGCCCUCAAUCUGCACCAGCGGCAACGAACUGCUGGGCCUCGCGGGGCCGGGCAGCAACAAAGCGGCCCGCGACGUGCACGCCAAAUGCCACGACCUUUUGUGCACCCUUCUUUUGCGAGGCUGCCCCCUGGCGACCCUCUACAAAGUUUUUCGCAAGGGAGCCGAUGCGGCUCCGCUCUUCAGUGCGCGUCCCCUGGCUCCGGCCACGUGGUUCGUUCUGGUCGCGCCGAAACUUUUUCCAGGAGACCCACCUAGAGGAGACAUGAAUUCUUUAAGCGACAGGAAUGCCGUCGCUGUCGAGCUGUCCGUCCUCAGUGCUCAGCCGGAGGCUAACUGGCCCCUGCUUGUAAAGGUGCUGCUGAUGAGAAAUUGCGUUGCCACGACGAUUUUGCUGAGUCACCUGCUGCGAACGGACCUGCAGCACCAAGAUUUGACCCUGGCAAGCAUUGAAAGUUGCGGUGGAUUCCUGUGCGGAGCAACCGCCGGCUGUUGGGUGGAGGGCUCGCAGCUCACUCCCAGCCAAGUACUCUCCGCCCUCGUGCAGAUAAUAGUGAUCAUUUGCGGUGAUCCCGAAGGAGGAGGCAUGAGGGCUCUUCACGCUGCCCUCUCGCCCCUUUUGCAACAGGACGGCAUGGAUUGGAGUUGUCUAGACAAACGACAAAUGUGGGCCGAGCAGCGUCGCCCGGCCUGGCUGUCAGCCCUCAUUUGUUUGGUGAAGGACUCUCUCGGUCCCUCAACCGUCUCCUGGGCCACUUCGGUAGACAACAUUCUUCAAGGUCUGCACCAAUUGGGCGAUACUAUUCCCGUGGGGGUCGCCCUGGUGGCCAAACUGCUCGACGACAUCCUGCCAGCCGACGUGAAUCCCUUCGGAGGGCACACCCUGAUGCAGCUACUCGGCGCCGCAAUCUACGCGGAACUGAUAAAGGAAGGCUCUGACGCCGCGCUGACCCUGGCCGAGGAGUGGUGCGGCCUGAACACUGACCUGUUCAAGGAAGACGUGGCCGUUGUGGUGGGUGCCGCCCAGGAGAGGGCCGCUGAGCUGGAGGAAGACCUGGCCGAACAGGACUCAGGGGCAGAGGUCAUCGAGGAACUGCCUCAGAUGGCUGAGGUGUUCGUCAGCCGCCUGCUGCUCACCUCCACUGGUAGAACUUCUGUUAAGAUCGUAUUCAAGUUCAUCCAGCACAACGUGGCGUGGCUGAUGGGGCAGCUCGGCGUCCAGGAGUCCCGGGCGUCGGCACCACCUGUUCACGUGCCGGCCGCCCGGCCCGCUCCGCCUCCGCUGCUGCACGCCAUGUUCCACAUUGGCGGCUCCAGGGUGUUUGACGAGCUUCUAACUGGGGCCUGGCAGCUCAACUGGGUCUCCCUGCUGCAUACCGAGCUGGGCAUCUCCAAAACCCAAAUGACGCAGCAGCUGACGAGAAGGGCCGAGUUUCGAGAGCCACACUUUUUGAACGAUCACGACGCAAAAGUGGUCGCUACCCUUUCCAUGAUCUUCGGCGUUGAUCCCAUCUGAUUGUGCUUUUUAGCAGGCUUUUCGACCUUCCGGCCUUUCUGCUAGAGUGCGGGUGAAAUGUAAAUUUUGCUCGCAGCUAAUGGAGGGUCACCUUUUUAGAUUUUAAAUUGCAUUGCGAGCUCGUGCUUUGCGAGACCACAGGAGGGUUUUCUGUGAGUCCUAGUGGGCUGUUUUAGAUCGAAUAAAGACAUCACAAAA